GCCAAUUCAAGCCAGGAUAUCCUGGUCGUCAGCUGCGCAGCUCGGCAAAGAAUCAGGCCGCAAGCGCUGGUCAGUGAUGGCGAAGUUCCCCUCUUUUACUGUACCGGUCUUGCCCGGGAUUUCUCUCGCUCGACAACAUCCACCCAACCCCAUCUUGCUGACACCUUUAACGAAAGAUGGCGAAACAUCUGAGAAAAUGCUUCUGCUGUUUGUUCUAUCAGGAUACCGAGCAUGAGAAGCCGGCAACUCAGGCAGCACCCGAAGAGAAUCAAAAAGGCCAUACCGCCAACGCUGCACAGACAAUCCCGCUGGACACCGCAUAUUUGUCUACUGAGCCAGAACAUGCUUUGCAGCCUCGCAAGCCUCGAAACCUGUGGCAAGCUGCUUAUAAUCAGCUUGAGAGGACUCAGCAGGAUAUUUUGUUGAAAACGAAGGUAUCUGUCGAACCAGGUGACGAAGAUAAUCGCCUGCCGAGCUCGAUUGACCGAGUCAUCAAGACAACAAAGGAGGAGUAUAAGAAGUAUCAUGAGACAGCCGAUCAAGGCUUUCAUGAGACUUCACGGAAAAUUCUCAAUUUAGCACUGUCGUUUAAAGAUAUUAUAGAUGCAGUGACUGCACUCGACCCAACACAACAUGCAGCUAGUGCCUGGACGAUUGUCUCUCUUGGUCUGACAAUGGCGAAAAGCUACUCCGAUUUGCGCGAUGCUUCAUUUAAGUCAUCGGUGUACCUGGCGGACAUUCUUACCUACGGAGCUUUUGUUGAGAAGAGAUUUUACAGGGAGAGAAAAACUAAUACGGACAGUCGCCCCGUGGAAGAAGCAUUCAUCAGACUUUAUAAAGCUAUUCUGAGCUAUACAGCCCAGAUGCAGAGAACGCGCCAAGCAAGUUUUGGAGAAAAAGUACUCAAUUCGGUAACCCGUGAUCUUCAGCAGUCGCUUGCCACACUACAAACUGUGGCUGAGGAUGAAAAAAAUAAAUUAACCCUAUCAAUAACAUUCGAUCAAUACCUUCGCCAUGAACAGGAUGCGAAUGAAAUCCUGCACAAGAUUGAUGCGUUAGCGCAGUCAGUGAAGCAUGUACUUGAACAUUUUGUUCUUUUGAAUCUUCAUAUAGCGGAAGGAGCAUUCUACAACUCCUUUGCCAAUCGACAUAUGGAUUACUGUCUGCCUAAUACCAGAAGUGAAUUUUUUUCCCAAGUGUCAGAAUGGAUUAAAUCAAGCAACAAGUCAAUAUUUUGGGUGAAUGGAAUGGCCGGAACAGGAAAGUCUACUAUUGCUCGGACAGUCGCUCGAGACUGUGAAAGUCAGGGUCUGCUUGGCGCUACUUUCUUUUUCAACCGGAAUGAAAGGGAUCGUGCGGAUGCAAGACAUCUGAUAUCCACUAUUACAAGACAGCUUAUUACCAGAUAUCCGGAACUAGGGCCUGCUGUCUUAGAUGUGCUUAAGGGAACCCCAAACAUUGCGUCUCAGGAUAUCCAGAAUCAGUUCGAAAAGCUCCUUUAUCUGCCUUUGACGACGAUAACACCAGACGAAAACCGAUUUACUGUGAUUAUCUUGGAUGCCUUGGACGAAUGCAACGGCGAUGAUGACUUGAGACUGAUACUUCGACUUGUAUCUAAGUUACAGGGGAUUGAAUCUGUGCAGCUGCGUAUAUUCCUCACUAGCCGACCUGAAAUGCCUAUUCGCCUUGGCUUCAGUGAAAAUAAGAAUCAUCUCGAUCUGGUCCUCCAUGAGCUACCUAAGCCAGUGAUUGAACAUGAUAUUCGUGUAUUUCUCGAUUACAAACUUUCGGAAAUCCAGCGUGAGCGUUCGCUUCCUCUCGGUUGGCCAGGGAUCGAGAAAAGAGAAAGGCUGGUGCAAAUGGCAGUUCCGUUAUUUAUCUUCGCAGCCACGGCAUGUCGCUUUAUCAAGGAAGGCAAGCAUCCGAAGAAACACCUGGAGAGCUUUCUAGAAUCUCAAAAUGCAGGGAAAAGCCAGAUGGACAAGAUAUACUUGCCUAUUUUACAACAAUUUCUAGGCAAUAAUGAGGACGAGUUCGAUAAUAUUAUCGAAGACUUCCAGAAUAUUGUCGGUGUCAUUAUUCUUCUUGCUAACCCACUCUCUAUUCAAUCCUUAGCGUCUCUGUUGAAAGUGAAGGCGGAUUAUAUUAGUGAGGCAUUGGAUUCUCUACACUCGGUUCUCUACAUACCUGGCGAUCAAGAAACGCCGGUUCGCAUUUUACACCUAUCAUUUCGGGAAUACCUUCUAACAAAAAAGAGUGUUUUCCAUGUGGAUGAACAAGGAACACAUAACAAGAUCGCAUUACAUUGCCUCCGGCUUAUGAAAGACCAUCUCAAACAGAAUAUCUGCAAGUUGGAGAAUUAUGGCAUACUGCAUGAAGAUAUCAAUCCCCAGAUGAUAAAAGAACAUCUUACUGCUGAUUUGAAAUACGCCUGCCGUUGUUGGGUUCAUCAUCUGAAACAGAGCAAGGGUCUGAUUUCUGAUUAUGACGUUCUCUCUUUUCUCCGGGAGCACAUCCUUCACUGGUUGGAGGCACUGGCGCUUCUAGGAGAAAUCUCGGAAGCAGUAAGACUAAUAAGCACUUUACAAUCAAGGAUAUGGAAAUCUAUAAAUACUGAGUUAUCAGACUUUCUGUAUGAUGCAGAUAGAUUUGUUCGUCAGAAUAGUUAUAUGGCAGGAAUUGCCCCACUGCAACUUUACCGUGCUGGACUUGUAUUCGCACCGAACAGGAGUAUCAUCAAAAAAGCUUUCUACAGCAAAGUUAUAGGGCAACAAAUACAGCUUACAGGGGUGGAAGAAUCUUGGAGUCCUAAUCUACAGACAUUUGAAGGCCAUUCCAGUUCAGUCUCCUCGGUGGCCUUGUCGCCGGACGGGCGCAUACUGGCGUCGGGCUCGUGGGACGACACCAUCAAGCUCUGGGACCCGGCCACGGGCGUCGAGCAGCGCACGCUGACGGGCCAUUCCAGUUUAAUCUUCUCGGUGGCCUUCUCACCGGACGGGCGCACACUGGCAUCGGGCUCGCGCGACCACACCAUUAAGCUCUGGAACCCGGUCACGGGCGUCGAGCAGCGCACACUGACGGGCCAUUCCAGUACUGUCUUCUCGGUGGCCUUCUCGCCGGACGGGCGCACACUGGCGUCGGGCUCGGAUGACAAGACCAUCAAGCUCUGGGACCCGGCCACGGGCGUCGAGCAGCGCACGCUGACAGGCCAUUCCAGUACUGUCAGCUCGGUGGCCUUCUUACCGGACGGGCGCAUACUAGCAUCGGGCUCGUGGGACCAGACCAUCAAGCUCUGGGAACCAUCAAGCUCUGGGACCCGGCCACGGGCGUCGAGCAGCGCACGCUGACGGGUCAUUACAGCAGGGUCAGCUCGGUAUUCAACGAAUCUACUACCAGUUAUUCCAUUUCUGUUGCGGAUUCCUGGAUCUCUCUUCGAGAUGAAAGGAUCCUCUGGCUUCCUACUGAUUAUCGAUCUUUUACGUGUUUUGCUAUUAAGGAUACUACGCUUGUCCUUGGAUUACCAGAUGGGCGCGUUCCAAUUCUAAGACUUGAUUUUUCCUAGGAAAAAUUCUUUGUCCUCUACUUCGGUCUCUUAUUUUCUAAUCUCUUUCUAAAAGAAGGGCCUGGGAUGUGCCAGGCCUAUAUACUAGUACUUGGCACAAUCAGAACCGUCCCGUGACUUCUACAUCAUUUAGUAAUCAUGGCCAGUUUGCCACUUAUACAAGUCUAGAUGUUUCUAUAAAUUAC